AUGAAGAGUGUGAGAUCAAGAAGCAGCAGCCAUUAUUCCCAUUUGGUACUCCUGCUCUGUUUGAUGGAGUUGGAACUUUUCCAUGCAGCGGCAGAGGAUAUUCAUACACUAACCCCUGGGACUGUCAUGAACGAUUUUGACUACUUGUGGUCUCCAAAUGAGUUGUUCCGUUUAAAAUUCUUUUCUGUUGGUGAAUCCAGUAACCAUUACUUGGGGAUUGAAAUAAUAAAAUUCGAAAAGAUAGUAUGGGUGGCCAACAGAGAUAAUCCCUUCGAAGAUACCUCUGGAGUUCUGAAUAUUACUGAAGAUGGUAACCUGCUACUUAGUAACAGGCAUGGGAUUCGUAUCACUCUAAACUCUGAAAGCCCAGCAAUGAGUUCUAACACAAGUGCCAUUCUUCUUGACUCUGGAAAUCUCAUUUUGAAGGCAGGAGAUCAGAUCGUGUGGCAGAGUUCCGAUCAUCCAUCUGACACAAUUCUGUCGGCCAUGAAACUGCGAUUGUUUGCUGCUUUGAAUUCAAGACAGCCUCGAGAGCAUUUACUAACAUCCUGGAUAAGCAUAGCAAUUGCAGCAUCAGGGACAUUCACUCUUGGAGUUGAUCCAAACAAAACAAAUCAACUUGUAAUUUGGCUAAGAGGGAAACUCUUCUGGCAGAGUGGGAACCGAAAUGGUCAUAACUUUACCUACUUCCCAGCCUCUGGUCCGUUUAAUGACCUUGAAAGUAGUAAUUUGAAAUUCAGCUACAUCUCAAACGGCAAUGGGAGCUACUAUACAUAUUCUGUGCCUCCCAAUUAUAUCUCCUUGUUUGCAAUCAACCCGACUGGGGAAGUUCACUUUUUUCAAGGGGGAAAUAAUAAAUAUUCAAUCUGGUAUCUAUACUGUAAUGCAGGAGAAGAGAAUGGAUCCAAGGGUUGUAUAGACAAGAAGCCAUCUAAGUGUAAUAGUGGAUAUCAGUUCAUACAGAAAUAUGGAUACUUGGAAAGCUGGGAACACCUUUAUAACUUCAGUCUGGCUUUGGGGGACUUCAAAGACAUGUGUAUCAACAACUGUUCCUGUAAAGCCUAUGGGUCACUACAAACUGAUGGAAAAGGGUGUCGAUUUUCAUACGACCAAAUCCUCAGAUAUCAAAAUCUGAGGAACCUUUUUACUUGCGCAACAACAGCAUCAUAA